UCAAAGAAAAGGCAAGAACCUUCCACCACAUCCAUGCUUCAGGAAGAUUUUAACCCCACAUUCAGUGAACGGGACAUUCCAUUGAGCCAAAUGUUUGAACCAACAGUCCAUAACUCCCCAGACCAAACAUAUCAGAGAAAAAGGAGAAGAGUUCUUAUUUCAAUUGAUAUUGAAGAUGAAGAAAGUCCCAAUUCCACACCUAAAGAGGCCUCCCAAACUCCUUCAAAUACACAGCCUCAUCAUCCUUCCGAGCCAAGUGACCCAAUUUUGAACCAAUCCACUUUGAACAACAGUCCUGAUGUGACUCUUGAAGCCUUUCCAAUGGAAGUCCUAUACCCAGGAACAACUGAACCCAUGAAUUUUCCUUCAGUCACCUCUUUAGACUCAUCUCAAAAUGGCAAUCCAACUUCUAUUGAUGAGAUUCCAACCAGAUAUCACUGUGACAUUUCAUCACCACUCAAUGAUCAAUUCAACGAGCCUUCCCAAUCCAAAUUUCAAACCAACCCUGAAACAGAAACAGAAGUUGAAGGAACUCCAACUAAUGGUCCUGAACCCACAAAUGAAAGUAACACAGAGGUUAGGACUGAAAAAAUGGACAAUGCCCCCUCAUCAGAUAAACAAGUUGGAGAGCAUACACCUACUCCCAUGGAUGACUCUCAUGGAAUCAACCAAACAACUGGGGUUAAAAACAUGGAACAAAAUCCAUCAGUAAAUGAAAACACUGAAGACAUUAACCCACAUGCAACAAGUGAGCCUCCUGGAAUUUCCCCAAGCUUACAAGCUCUAGAGGUUCCAAGUACUCUGAUCAGCCUUGAAACACCUCAUGUUUCAAUGGAGAAAACAACAAUUGGAGAAACCUCAACUCCAAUUACCAACCCCCUUAACCCAGCAUCAACUGUUGUGCAGGCUUCUUCAUCCUCCAAUACUGGUAGCCUGAGCAUAUGGGAAGAGAUUGCAGCUUUUCAAACGAGUGUUGAACACAUUUCUCCACUUCCAAAAAGUCUCCAUCACUUCAACCCUGAAGAUCAACAAGUCGUAUCUUCCUUCCUGAACCUCAUCAACACUUCCUUUGAAGAAAUAAUCUCAAAACAAUCGAUGGAAACCUUGAAUUGCCUGACUGCUAUUCAAAGGCUAUCUCCAACUCCAUUCAGUCAAAACCAACUCUCUCACCUUGCCCAAAUCAUUUCUGAAUGGUCAAUCAUUGUGGAGGCUGCUCAAAACUGCAGAAAUACAAUUCAAACAAAGAAAAAUUUCUUGAUGGCUGUCCAAACUACUUCUGAUUCAUUGAUAACUACUUGCCAAGCUUCCUUCAAUCUUUCUGAUCAAGACAGAAGUUUAGCUCUUCAAGAAACCAGAUUGGAAGCAGAACUAGCCCUUGUCAGACAAAAAAGGCAUGAACUUCAGAAGGAAAUGGACAAACUUGGCCAUGAAGCCAAAAUUUUACUCUCCAAGACUGAAAAUAACCUCUCAUCAAUACAAGCUGCGAAGGAAGAAUUUGAGCAAGCCCAAGCUACAUUUGCAACCACCCAAUCCAAAUUGAGCAUCCUUGCACACAUUUUCCCAAGGGACUAAACGAAUCUAUUUUAUUUUUUUAUGUUUGUAGUUUUCCUUUUUGUCCUCUCUUUGUAAGACUUAAUGGAAAACAAAUCUGUCUUUAUUGUGAGAGAACAGUCAUUCUAUAAAGAGGAUGAAAAUGGUCAUUGUAUUCUGUUCAA